CUGCUGGAAAUCUAAAACGGCACUGCACCUUAUGCAACUUUCGAAACAUUAGCAUCAUCCUAUAGAUAUAUACCAACUCUUGUUCUCAUUAUCUCUACACAUGCAGCUUGCCCUCACACGCUCUCUUUUAGCACCCUGUCUCUGUCUCCGCAUUCAGAACCACCGCCUGAACAAUCUUGAAGCUUUCUUAAUUUCCCUGAAAAAGUUAUGAUGGUGUUUCCUACUUCAGGUUCUGGAAACUUAGUCAUCUCUCUCAAACUAGCUUUAAUUUCCACCGCUGUAUUAUCUGUUGCGGUGAUUUUAAAGCUAUCUGUUCCGGUGGUAACUGAUUUUGCAGUCUCUGAACUUCCUGUCGUGUAUAGCUCUGUUCUCUCUUGGCUUCGGCCUCCUUAUCUUUAUUUGGUCAUCAAUGGCAUAAUCAUGUCAAUCGUCGCCUCCUCCAUGCUGCAGCUCCAAAAAUCUGAGGAACCCUCAAAACAACAGGUGAUUUUUUCCUGGCCAACGCCGACGGUGGUGCCAGCGAAGGCCUCUGGCGAUGUAUCAUCUGACUAUAUUGAUGGCGUUAUUGUGGGCGGAUCUGGGUAUCAAGAUUUGAAUGUGGUAGACAAGCUUGUGCCCGUGGAUGAUCGCACUGUGAAUGCUGUGUACAGUAGUGAGGAGGGUAGGGUUGUAGAAAGAGAGAUAACAGUGACGGAAGCUGGUGAUGAGGCUGCGGUGUCUUACAAAUCGGUGCAGCCUCCACAUAGGAGUAAUCCAAUGGACUUCUUGUUUGAGAAAGAAGAGAAAAAGAAACCACAGGUUUCUGCAAGUUUUGGUUCCAAGAAAUCAGUGAAAGCAAGUCCUGAACCCGGGAAGGCAACAGUGUUAUUAGGCGUAUCGAAACCGAAACGGCACGAUACCAUGGAGAGCACGUGGAAGAUGCUAACGGACGGCCGUCCAAUGCCAUUGACCAGACACCUCAAGAAAUCCGACACGUGGGACACUCACGUUCGUCGAGACGACGCCAUCUCACCUCUGCCGCUUCCGGAGAAGAUGAAGAAGUCGGAGACUUUUAGUGAAAACAAGUCGAAGCUGAGUCAUGAGAAUGGUCAGGGAUCGGGGAAACCGAAAAGAGAACCAUCGUUGAGUCAAGACGAGUUCAACCGCCGAGUGGAGGCGUUUAUAAAGAAGUUCAAUGAAGAAAUGAGGCUGCAGAGGCAAGAAUCGUUGAAUCAGUACCAGGAGAUGCUUAACAGGGGGACUUAUUAGGAAUUUUGAUUAGCUUUGUGGGUUGAAACCUAAAUUACAUGUUUAUGUUUGUUUUAUGAAUAACAAAAGAAAAAAAAAAUCAAAGGGGAUAAAAAGGGAUAACAGAGCACUAGAAUUGCCGGUUGGUAAAGUAGACUCCAGUCUCCCCAGUUUUUAUUGGUUGGACAUGGAUGAUGGAAAUUGGAAAAUCAGAAGGCACACCUUAAUCAGCUAGUCCUGCCUAUCUUUGCUCUCUUUAAAAAAUUUAUCCCAAACUAACCAAUAAUCAGCUAGCCAAAAACGAAGGAAUCACUAUCAGCUCAAUCAUAUGAAAUCCUUGACAAUAUUCAUGGAAUUGGUAACCUUUUGUCUGGUUGUAGCUGGAUCUGAUAUGGUCCCAUUUGUCAAAAGCAUAACUCACACAGACAGAGAUGAGGAUGCUUUCUCAGGAUACCAGUCACCUUCCCUCCAGUCACUGAGGUCAUGAUGCGCCUGCUCAAUCCGUCAGCGAGAAUGAGAACCACUGAUCUUAUCUGUUCCAUGGCCGACUAGCUUCCAUUCAUAAUGCA